CCCCUCCCCGUCACGCGGGCCAAUGGGCGCCAAGGGGAGCGCUGAGGCAGCGGGGCGGCGGCGGACGCCCCGCGUUGGGCCGGGGGAGGCCGGCGGCUUCCCGGUACCCCUCGGAGCGCUUCCCGACCGGAUCCCUGGCGGCGGCGGGCAUGGAACCUUCGGGCCCGGCACAGCGCGACGCUGUGAGAGAACUGAGACUGCAUUUAGUGACCUGGAAUGUGGGCACAGCUUCUCCACCUCCUGAUGUCACCAGUUUACUUCAGCUCGACUCACUGAGCCCAACUAUGGAUAUGUAUGUUAUAGGCUUACAGGAAGUGAACUCAAGGAUCACAAAUUUUCUGUCUGACUUGGCUUUUGAUGAUCCAUGGAGCAUUUUUUUCAUGACUGUGCUGUCUCCAUUGGGAUAUAUCAAGCUCUCCUCCGUCCGCAUGCAGGGAUUACUGCUCCUGAUCUUUGUGAAACAUGCCCAUCUUCCUUUCAUACGGGAUGUUCAUACCCACUACACACGCACGGGCCUAUAUGGAUACUGGGGGAACAAAGGAGGAGUCACCAUUCGCAUGUCCCUCUAUGGCCAUACAGUUUGUUUCAUAAACUGCCACUUGCCAGCACACAUGGAGAACACAGAGCAGCGGCUGGAUGACUUCGAGAAGAUUCUGGAAAUGCAGUUUGAAGAAGAGAGUAUUCCAAGUACAUUGGAUCAUGAUGUUCUCUUCUGGUUUGGAGACCUGAACUUCCGAAUAGCAGAUUAUGGCAUCCAUUUUGUCCGAGAAUCCAUCAAUAACAAGCGAUACAGUCUGCUGUGGGAGAAGGACCAGUUAAAUAUGGCAAAAAAGAAGGAAGCAUUUCUUCAGGAUUUCAUAGAGGGUCCUCUGCAGUUUAAACCCACCUACAAGUUUGACCUUCAUUCAGAUGUAUACGAUACAAGUGAGAAGAAAAGGAAGCCAGCAUGGACUGAUAGAAUUCUUUGGAGAGUGAAAAGUCUCUGCCAGCAUGCAUCAAAAGAAGAUGAAUCCUCUGAAGAAGAACAGACCAUUUCUGUUACAUUAAAUAACUAUAUUAGUCACAUGAGCUAUGGCAUCAGUGAUCACAAACCUGUUACAGGAACUUUUGGGCUUGAGUUGAAGCCUCUUCUGUCAGAUCCUUUGGUCACGCUGAGUCCUGAGGGUGAGUGGAGUGCGGAACACGAUGUUGUGAUCAGCUAUUCUGCAGUGCCUGGAUUCCCAAGCAGCGCUUGGGACUGGAUUGGACUCUUCAAGGUGACUUUCAGGCAUGCGAAUGACUACGUUACUUAUGCUUGGGUAGAAGAUGAUGAAAUUUCUUCUAACAAAGACAGUAAACAAGUUUACAUGAGUGCUGCAGAAAUACCUGAUAUGGGAGGAGAAUUUUUGCUUUGUUAUUACAGCAAUAAUUUGCAGUCAAUAGUUGGCAUCAGCCAGCCUUUCCAGAUUCAGCCAAACAGAACAUUAAUAGAAAAGGAUCUGGCCCAGGAAGAGAACGCUUGGAUGCAAAAACCUGGCAAUCUAGAAUCACAUAAUGAGUUCUGAAGUCAGAAGGGACAUUUAGUGGUCCUGAUUCAGGAGUCAGAUGAUUCUUUGUCUUAUUGAUUAUAAGCUUUUACUCUUAGAAGAUGGAGUAAUACAGUGCAAAUAAGACAGGUAGGGCUGUUUGAAAACCAUAAGCUCAUAGAAGAGAAUGAAUUGUGGAUGCAGAUAUUUUUACUGUUACAGUGAAAGUAACUCUUGCAGUGAAUAGGAACUGUAAAAAUAGCACCCAGUGAAUGCUGUGUGAUUGAAGAUGUUUUUAAUCCAGUGACUUAUCCUAAGCAAGUUGCAUUCUGUAAUAGGUUUUUAGGCCUAUUCCUUUUCAUUUUUCUAGAGGAUAUUUUAUUUACAAUAUAAUAUAUUCACUAAGCUGUAACUGCUUAAUCACUCAUUUCCAAUUUUUGAGUUGAAAAGAAGUUAUUUAAAAAUUAUUUAUUAGAUACAGCUGGCUAGUUUAUUUUAAAUUUUUAUUUGACUUUUAAAUGUUAAACUAAUUACCUUUUGGGAAACACAUGUGGUAACAAGUCAUACAGAAACUCAGAAUUUGGAGUAUGUACAUUUUCCUUCUGUAGUAGAUCCCUCUGCUUUAUGCCUUACUGAUACUGGGGUUUUACAUUUUAAAUUUUUCCAGAUUCAGUUGCAUUUAUGGAAACACACUUUUUGUGUGGGUUUGUUCUUGAGGGGGCAGUUAUUCUUUUACAAAAUAGUUCAGCAAUUUGCCUGUUCCUUUUCUCCCUCUGAUUUAAAAAGGCGACGUAAUAAUACUUUUAUAGUUGUCCCUGGCUCAGAAUUAACAGGUUCCCAAAAUUUCUGAAAGAAAUUGCUUCAGUUGAGAAAUGCUUUAGUAAAGAUGAACAGACCAUGGUUCAUGAAGCACUUGUUGGCAAAGAGCUGGUGAACAUGAUACUAACCAUGACUCUUCUUUGCUGCCACAUAUUUGGAUAGCUAAAGUUGUAUUUCGGUUCUUCCCUGAUAUUAUUGUGACACAUUUUUGCUACACAUACUACAGAGAUUACAUGAAUUGUAAAUGGGAAACUUCAGUGGGACAAGUUCUUUCUUAUGGCAUAAUCUGUGCUGGCAAAAAUUGUUAAACUCUGAAUUAUAGCAGUCAGGCUGCAAAAUUGGUUUUCUUAUUGGUGCUUUGACUUGAAUGUAUCCUGUGCACUUAAGGGUGGAAACAGAAUAAAAAAGACCAAGUACUUUUAAGAACCUGCCAAGUAGCUAGCUUUUAGAAAUGGUUUUGUUUGUUGAUGAGGAAAGAGGGAUCUUUGGAAAGGAUAGAAGGCACACCAACAUUCCACAGAAUCUCAGACUGUAGUGACGGAAAAGAGCAUUUGUUAGUCUCUCAUUUUCUGGAUACACAGCUUUAAGCUACCUGCUGUGUAUGGUAAGUAACAUUAGCUACUAAUUGCUGUCUUAAUAGUUGUGGGUGGAAAAGAGUAAAUUCAGUUCAAAUGGAACAGUGAAGCAAAGGAUGCUGGUGUGUGUAUUUUGGAAUAUUGCUUUAGAACUGAAUGGAUUCUAUUUUACCCUUUUUCUUAAAAGUCUUAGUUCUUUUUGUUAGGAUUCUUUUGAGAAAGGAAAUGAACACCUUGGUGUGAAAUUUCCUUUGCAAUUGCUUCCUUCUGUUAUUCACUGUAUAAAAUCUGCUAUCCCGGAGUCUUUCUAUGCUUUGGAAACUGUAAGAUGAGUAAACAAGCUAGAUAGUUGUAGUUUGGGGCUUAAGAGCACCUAGCCUCUGUAAAUUGUAGUUGCAUCUCAGUGUAAUGCUUGGUAUUGGAAACUAUUUCCAGUUGUAAGUGAUGAGGGCAGGUUCAGAAGAUACUGUGUUCAUUGCAUGGAUUACAACUGCCUUGAGGUUUACAGUUUGUACAUUCCUGUUACACUUUGGAACAAUGUUAGAAACCAUUUUCACGUUUGUAGCAGUUUUAAAAGAAUAUUUUGCACUGGAUCUUUCAAAUACGCGACUUUUCACGGCAAGUACAGCAUCAGACAAAUCCCUCCUGAAGUGCAAAUAAGUUGCAGGUUUUGAGUUGAUACUCUGUUUCUGAUUUUUUUUUUCUUGUGUAACCAUAAUACGGAGACUCUAUGCAAAGAGAAUCCCGUGGAGAGCUCGAAGAACUGUGGUCUUUGAAUUCCAGGCCGCAGCUGGUGAUUUAUUGUGGACCAAGAUCCAGUUUCUUCUAAGCAGGGUGCAUCUGCCAUUCAUGAGCAGCACAGAGGGGGAGCCCUGCAGCCGCUUUACAUGGGCGAGAAACCCAAGCUCCUUAAUGUUGUAUGAGAGCUGGUAACUCUCAGUCACUGGAGAGAGAGAAGCUGCAUUUUGUAAACUAAUCCUUUGCACCACAGGACUUCACUGGGAAUGCCCGCAGCUGCUGUGAUUGAAGCCGCUUGUGUGUUAGUAGGAUGCUGCACAGAACUGUACACUUCUUUCUUAAGUAUUGUGCACACAGUAGCAGUUUUGUUUACUACUGUUACCUAUGGUCGCUUUUCAGACUAUUCCAUGACCUGUAAUGAUGCAAUUUCUAGUGAAAUUUAUCUUUUUUUAAAGCACCUUUGAUUGGAUGUUACGACCACUGGAAACGUUUUUAUACUCAUGUGUUUUCUUUUCAUGUACGACUAAAAUAAAUCCUGGCAGUGAAAUGUUC